UUCUAGCAAAUUCCUCGUCCUGUGCUACACUCCCCACAGCUCACGUUGCGGCACUUGACAAACACCACCAACUACAACAAAAGGACAGGAACCACCAGAUCAAGAGAUAGCACAACAUGGCAGCACCAGGCGGCAAAUUCUUCAUCCAAGACAACCUUUCCAAACCCGCGGCGCACCACAAAUCCUACGCCCAGCUAUGGGAAACAAAAUGGAAGAAGCCCGCCGAAAUGGGCGUGUACCCCUUCAUGUUCGGCACAGCCAAGGACUUCGAGCCUGUCGUAUCUGAACUCACUAGACGCGACUUCAAGGAGCCUUACGAGUGGGAUGAAUACGCAAAAGUUUAUUUUCCGCAGGCCGAGCAAUUGAAAGGUAUCGCGCAGGAGGCGGAAGAGAAGGGCGAAAAAGAGAAGGCGUCUGAGUAUUAUCUGAGAGCGAGCGCGGUGUAUAGGAUUAGUAGGUUUCCGGCGCCCCGCAGUGAUGUGCAACGAGAAGCCUGGAAACUGGGGAAAGAAUGCUGCAUCAAGGGUUUAGGUAUGCGGGAGCAUCCUGUGAAGGAGGUGGAGAUCCCGCACAAGCACCGCAACUCCAGCGAAGGCGAAACCAUACCCGUCUACCAUCUCGUCCCAGACACAGCAAUGGAAGAUAAGCCCGUCCCAACGGUAAUUAUCUUCACUGGGCUCGAUGGGUACCGCACCGAACUCGCCGUUUGGAUGGAAGGCUGGCGCCGCGUGGGCGUCGCCACCAUCGUGCUGGAAAUCCCUGGGACAGGCGACUGUCCCGCAAACGCCUCCGAUCCCAAGAGCCCUGACAGACUAUACAGCAGCAUGUUCGACUGGAUCGAUACACAGCCCCUCCUCGACAACAAGAAGACUGCUAUCUGGGCGUUCAGCACAGGCGGCUUCUACGCUAUCCGCGUCGCGCACACGCACGCCUCCCGACUUGCCGGCGUCGUCGCGCUGGGCGGCGGGUGCCACCAUAUGUUCGAUAAAGAGUGGCUGGAUAACGUGAACCACCUCGAAUACCCAUUCGACCUCGCCAAUACACUGGCGUAUAAAUGGGGGUAUGGCGAUGAUGUCGAGGCGUUCAAACGCGAAGCCAAGGCCAAGUUCUCGCUGCUGGAGGACGGGACGUUGGAUAUGCCUGAGUGCGCAAGGCUGUUGUUGGUGAAUGGCACCGAGGAUGAGAUUUUCCCGAUUGAUGAUUAUUAUGUGGCGCUGCAGCAUGGGGCGCCCAAGGAGGCGCGGUUUGUUAAGGGAGUUAAGCAUAUGGGGGAGCCGAUGAGUUUCUUUGUGAUUAUUAAGUGGUUGUAUAAGCUGUUUGGGAUCGAGGCGGAUGUGGUACAGCAGAUGCAGACGUUGCCAUUUAAGCCGAAGUACUGAAGCUGAAGGACCGAGGAGGAGUUUGGCUAGAGAGAUCAUCAUGUGAUGAGUGGAUACCUUCUACAUACAUCUAAAGUCCAGGCUUCGGUAUCGGAGUAUCGUGGUUCUCCUUCUUGA